UCCGCGCCGCUUGUCAUCCGACUAGGGAAGAUGCUAGCGGCCUCUUUCCAAAACACUUACGAAACCUGAUUGGUUAUAGGAUUGAAUCAACAUUUUACAUGAAUUGUACAGUAGUAGGCGUGUUAAUAGAUGCGAAAUGCCUCCAGUGAGGUUAAUUAGCCUUAAAUAAAAACAAUAAUAAUGAAAUAUACUGGGCUAAUGCUAGGUAGCUAAAAGGAGAUAAACAUUAAAGAGCGUAUAUACGGAAACAGCUGGACACGAUGGGAGCUGAACAGAGCGGAGAUGCUGAACAUAAGCAUUCAGACUACAGUGCUUCAGUCGUGCCCUCGCCAGCGAAGCACAGAGCAAAAAUGGAUGACAUUGUGGUGGUCGCUCCAGGAACGCAGUCUUUACGCAACAUCCACAACGACCCUGAUGUCAUCAAGCUUCAGGAGAUUCCCACGUUUCAGCCUCUGCUGAAGGGCGUCCUGAGCGGACAGACGUCCCCCAGCACCGUGUCUCUGGAGAAGCUGGACUCUGUGCAGGUGCUGCAGCUGUGUGUGCGCUACCAGGACCACCUGCAUCAGUGCGCCGAGGCCGUGGCCUUCGACCAGAACGCGCUCGUCAAGAGGAUCAAAGAGAUGGACCUGUCGGUGGAGGCGCUCUUCAGCAUCAUGCAGGACAGGCAGAAGCGCUACGCCAAAUACGCCGAGCAGAUCCAGAAGGUGAACGAGAUGUCCAUGAUCCUGCGGCGGAUUCAGAUGGGCAUCGAUCAGACCGUGCCUCUGAUGGAGCGCCUCAACAACCUGCUGCCCGAGAGCGAGCGCCUCGAGCCGUUCAGCAUGAAGCCUGACGCCGAGCUCAAGUAGACGGCCGCCGGUGUGCUCCGGUGUCUGGAGACAGUUAGAGACUGAAAGUGCUACAUGCUGAAUGAAAAAAUCCCAUGUAAAUACAAAACAAAUUAACUUUAACCAAAUCUAAGUCUGUAAAAGUCAUGUUGGCGCUAUUUUGCACUCACAGGUUUGGAGCUGAUGUUACUCGUCCACUGUACUGUCAGGUCUUACACGUUUACAUGUCAAUGUUUGUGAAAAAAUGAUGCUUGCUUCUCUGCAGCUUGCGAUUUCGUAAAGAAAAGUGAACCGUGUUACUGAUUGCUUUUCAGAUUCCUCUGAACUAGUAAUCAUUGAUUUGUUGGUGGUAUCAUGAGCAGAUGACUGAGGCUGAGAUGGACAUAUUUGUGGAAAUUAAAGGAAAAUUUCAUGUUUGUGUUGAAAACUC